GCUGGGAAUAGGCGGCAAGGCCUUUUCUCCGCUAAGAGGGCGGGAUUGGUCCUUUGGGAAACCUAAAGAGUGGUUUGUUCCUAUGGGGCACAAAACAUCUUACUCAAUGGUCACUCGGUGUAGCAAUGUGGUUCAGUUUUGAACGCGUGUUCACGUGCAGUCCAUCGAUGUCGUCAUCGAGCUCGACAGUAUGAAUACUUGUGUACGGGCAUGCGCUCCGGUAAGUCUCGAGCAGGAGAACGAAGGUACGCAGGCGAUAUUAGAGCCCUCGAUGGCAGGGAUGGAUACGUUUUGGAGGUACGCAGACAUUCCAUGUGUGGGGUUGCAGAGCUGUCGUUCACGGUGAGUGCGGGCGCGACUAGAGUUCGGCACGUUAGCGCGUCUCCACUUUGGAACUUUCUGCUCUCAGAGCUCCGCAAGACAGCUCCGUCGCGCUUCAGCGCAGAGUGCUCGCGCGCCUUCCUACCGUACCACCGGUUCCACCUUCCCUCGCAAAUGGCGGCACCAGGAGCGCGUAUGCGAUUGACUGUCGUGGUCGAGGCGCUGGCGGAGGAAGAUGCACACGGCCAAUAUCGCGAAUUGGCACUAGAAGCGUUCAAGGAGCGCAAGUUCGCGAUGCCAGUGCGGCUGGAGGACACCUUCGAGACGGUCUGGGCCGACAUUGAGCAGCGAUACAAGACGAACUACCUCAAUCCCCAGCAAGCGGCGACCUUCAGCAUCAAGAAGCUGCAGGACGCCUACGACUGCGACCUCGACAUGACCGACACGGUUGGGGCUAUUUUCGAGGGCGAGCCGGAUCGCAAGAUGCACAUGAUCAAGGUCGUUCCCCACUUCAUCUACCGCCAGACGUCUGUCGUGCCGGGCUCGAUGCUGCGACCCUCUGGUACGCAGAAGCGUGUGGGAGACGACAUCGUUGAGGGCGCGAACAAGAGACGACGCAUCGAAUCGCAGCAGCGACAGGGCACUCACGAAGCGCGCGACCGUUCGCCCAACCGCCCAAUACCCUCGACCGAGUCACAGCAAGCCGCGGUGGAGGUCGCAGAAGAUGUGGAGGCAGGGGAGCGCUCGGCAAGGUCCAAAUCAGGCAUGUCGCUGGUCGAGCUCAGUCGCACCAAGACUGGACAUGCGCCGUUCAGUUCGACUGGCGUCAAGCAAGAAUCUCCAGAGCUGGAGCAGUCGCCCCUUCUUAACGGCAUCGAUGCUGCGUCACCGCACGAAUCCACCAGGAGACCUGUCGAGACCGCUACCGAAGAGCAAUCCCAAGAUCAACAAGCCUCGCAAUCUCGCGCGAGCACACCGCGCGAACUAUCACAAGAGGCGCCACAGCAGCCGAUGGACGACGAGGUGCCAGAGGUGGAUGAUGAGACAGUAGGAGAUAUGCAGACAGCGGCCCCAGAACAUGCAAAGUCGCCGCUACUCGACUCCCAGGAAGCUGCGAUACACAAGUCGCCAAUUUCGUCAGUUGAGGCUGAGCCUGCGCCCGCACCUACAACAAGAAGCCGCAGAGACGUUUACCAGGUCCCCAGUUCUCCUGACUUCAUGCACAAGAAAGCCACACCAGACAAGCCUGCGAGAACAUAUGGCCGCUCGCCUCGGUCGGGUGCCGAUCUCCUGAAUAUGGCGCGGAUGCUGGGACGCAGCACCAAGGAGAAAGACACAAAGCCGAAUGGAACCCACGUUGCCAUUGCGAAGAAGGCGCGCGCAUUCCAGCGGACAAAGCCCGAUGAGAUCGAGUCGACACCACAGGAAGAUGCUGGCUCAGGUCCGCAAGAGGAGAGCCACGCCACGAGUGACGACGACGACGCUGAUGGCGAUCUGACAGCCUCUUUCCUCAAUGAAGCCACAGAAGAUCGGCCGAACGCUGUUCGAACACCAGCGCAAAAGACAGCCGCCAAGCCUAAAAAGCCUGGCAGCCUGAAAAAGCCGUCUCGAGUUUCGUUGGUAGCUACGCCUGCUAGCACGAAGCGUGGUGCAAAUGCCACUGCUGCUGCGACACCAGCAUCGACAGCAUCAGCAAACAAGUCAAGUGCGAAGGGCAAGACAACGACGCUUUCUACCUCAUCGAAGGGCGAGAGAGUUUUAGGUGAAGAAACAAUGGCGCGCAUGGAACGCUUGGAGAAACUGCUCAGUGCAUCUCAGAGUACCCCCAAGCGCCAAGGCAAUGCAAGUUCGCCAGCACGAAGCGGCAGCGUUGGAAGUCAAGAUCAAAGCAAUAGAACGUCCCCCGAGGUCAGGGUACCGGUAACAAAGAAGACGGCGGCGGCCGAUAACCAUACCGAAACCAUCAAUGCUAGACUCGCUAUCCAGCCCCCGACAGCGCAAAGAACACCACUGAAGAGCCCUGUGCCAUUACCUUCAAGUAUCAAGAAAUCGACUCCUAUCAGCUCGAUGACAUCCAAAGGCGCAGUAGAGACACCGAAAUUUGGGAAAGCCGAUGUGUUCAAGAAGCCAGCAGUCAAAGUACGCGAGUCACCGGCGCCGUUAUCUUCGGUGAAGAUUGCGUCAAAUGUCACCGCAAGAGGAACACCACGGCGAAGCGAGGUACCUCUUCCUCCCAAUGUGCGCCAUCUUCGUCGCAGCAGUAGUUUACAAAGCUCACCACUCGCGAAUGGCGAUACCGAGACGAACAAGAGCAGUCCUUCUGCGCCGAUGAAGAAGCCUGCAAAUCUCAAGAACGCCACGCCAAGCUUAGCUGCAAACCGAAACAAGAGUCCUGUCGACGAUCCUACUGAGCCAGCACCGACUGCAAACCCCAUCAAUGGUGCUAUCGUAAUCUCGAGUGCCAAUGAAUCUUCUACAAAUUAUUCUUAUUCUGGGGAUGAAGAGCCGCGUGAUUCUUCAGAGCGACGUAUGGACGGAACCGUCGAAGGAGUGAGUACUUCGGCAGAGUUGUCAAGAUCUGUUCAGAUUGACGAUGUGACAACACCACACGAAAAUAUUGGCGACGAUGAUGACGAGGCUGAUGAAGAAGUUAAACAACCAGAGAAGCUGAUCGAGAAUGUAAGCCUGGAGAAUACGCAGGCUGCCCCUCCUCAAACUCAGGACAAGCCACCAUCCGGACAGAUUUCGACUCAAGCUGCACCUUGGGGUGCUGAGUCAUGGGGCUUCAGCAGCCUAGGCCAAAAGGAUGACACAAGUGAUAAUCUGGAGCAGGCUCAAGAGCCAGAGCCCCAAGUAGCUACUGCUGCAGCACCCACAUCAGAGGACAAAGGUUUUGCGGAGCAGGAGAUCUACAGUACAGCUAUCGAAGACAAUGCUUCCAGAUCACGCUCUGCUAGUGUAGCUGUGUCAACACGCUCUUCACCGGCCGUUUCCCGGCGGCCAGCACGCUUCUUGAGCCACUCUCCCACACCAGAUGCAUCAGAGAGCGAAAAUGAAUCCGAUGAAGCCUCGGCUGCGCCUUCCCCAGCUGCUUCACGACAGGCAAAUGAUAGGGACGAAAGCGAGAGUGAGUCCUCGUCAGACAGUUCGCAAGACGAAGACAUCGAGAUGUCUGACCUCCCUACCGAAUCAAUGACCGACUCGAACGCAAAUGCCGGACCUCCUUCUUCACCUCCUUUGAACGGCCUCGCGAACUCUACUGCCAUUGCUCCAGAGACGAGCCAAUCCACGCCUUCGCAGAUCAAUGGUCCUACGCAACGAACGCCAGUCCCGCCACCUACACAACAGUCCUCACAGGCUCCACGCUCUAGCCAGUCUGUCUCUGUGCAAACAGCAGAUCGUCGGCGGUAUACAGGCUUCCGGAGUCUGAGAGAACAGCUCGCGGACACCAAAGCUGCACAAGCUACAACACAAAAGAAGACGUUUGAUCCGCGAACAAUAAGCCUAGGCAAAUUAGCGAAGGGAAAGCCACCUGUAGGCUUUGGAGGUGACGACGACGAAAGCAGUGAUGACGAGAGUAGUAGUAGCAGUAGUAGUGACAGUAAUUAA